AUGGUCGACAGCUCGUCUAGUCAGUCCAGCCGCACCAGCCCUGGGUCCUACAGCACCGCCCAGCGGUCCGUGUCUUCGAGCUCCUCGCCGCCGCACCAAUCCCUCCCGUCUUCUCAGGGGCCGUCUGGGGCGCAGAAUGCCAUGUCGACCGACGUGCAGAAUCCAUCCGUGUCCCAAACCUCCGCGCCUUUGACUACCUCCUUCUCAUAUCCGUUUCCCCCGAUCGGACCAGCUACAUCGUUUGACGGUCUGGGUUGCAACACCAUGCGCCUAGCGGAUUCGGAUCGUUCGCCUCCGCCCCUCAACGGGCUUCCCCGGAUGGGUAGCGGCGCGGCGAUAUUGAUGCGCAAACUCCCCAAGAGCACCAGUCGCGAAGCGCUCCGGAGCAUGUUUCUCUUUGCGAAGGAUUUUGUGGACGCUGAUUUUGUCCCGUCCGAGCAUCCAGAGGAUAAGAACUUUUUGAGUGCGAUUGCGCGUUUCAACACGGUCGCGGCUGCCGAAGAAGCCCGAUCGUUGCUCGAUGGAAAGCCGAACACUACCAAUGAAGCCAAUAUGAUCGUCGAAAUGUAUCAGGGACCUCUUCUAAAUCGACGGAACACCAUCGAUCACCCCGCCACCCGCGGUCUGUCGGGCCCCAUGCCGACAGCCGGCUCUCUCCCGCGACAGUCUUCACGGUUCAACGGCACAUUUCAGACCCUGGAACGGCUCUCCACGACCAAUGGAGCGUCAUCGCAGUCCAACAGCAGCGAUGCCCUUCCGGCUCCCGAUACCAACUCCCGUUUGCACAGCCUCUUCUCACCCCAGUCCCCCCUGGGAAAUGGAAUCGGGGAGCUACCGCGUGUGAGCGGAAAGUCGGUUAUUGAUCAGGAUCCGGACGAGGAGACUGGAGAGCUACUCAAGGAUCCUGUCGGUUACGCCCAAAACGGCCACGCCAGCUCCAUGCCCCCCAUGCCGCGAAGGUCCACAAAUCCUCAGAUUCCGACCAGUCGAUUCGCUGCGCUCUCGCUAUCUACCAACGUCACGUCGCCGCCUAUGCCGAAUUACUCUGCCGGUGGUUCAGCACGCAUGGGAGUGCCGACACCUACAACCACUCUUCCUCCCAAUGUCAACGCGAACAUGGGUGGUAAUCCAACUUUUCACUAUCCCAAUCAACAUAACCCUCGGCACAGUCUCCCCGCUGCCAAUCCAAAUGACCUGAACCCUCCCUGCAAUACACUCUAUGUCGGCAACCUUCCGCCAGACACUUCGGAGGAAGAGCUGAAAGCACUCUUUUCCAAGCAGCGAGGGUACAAGCGACUCUGUUUCCGAAACAAGCAGAACGGUCCCAUGUGCUUUGUCGAAUUCGACGAAGUGGCGAUGGCAAGCAAGGCACUGAAUGAGCUGUAUGGGUACAAGCUUUCCAACAGUGUCAAGACGGGAAUCCGUCUGAGUUUCUCCAAGAACCCUCUCGGAGUACGGAGUUCGCAACCUAACAACAAUGCGAACGCUUCUAAUCAGCACAAUCCUCAAAAUCCAAUGCACGGAGUCAAUGGACUUGGGGGCAUGUCGAACCCGAUGUUUUCGACCGCCAGUGGGCCUCCUCCAGGGCUCUCUGCUCCUCCUGGCCUGGCGCUUCCGAUGGGAAUGAGAAACGGAACCAUGCCCCCUUCAGGAAAUCCACAUGCUUCCAUGGCAAAUGGCGCUCCAUAUGGUGCCAACAGUGGACUCGGUAUGAGAGCUAACGGCAUGAAUGCCAUCACCACAGCGCCUCUCGGCGGCGGGAUCGCGGGUGGCACGGCGGGUCCGGGCAUGGGCGGCUAUGGCAAUAUGUAUCCUGACUAUAUGAUGGGUCGAUAA